UAGCGCUGCUUCGCCGCAGCGCCCGCCCAGUCCAGUCCCGGACCAUCUGCGCUCCAGCUGGUGCCUUGGCCUCAGCUGUCCGUGAAGUCACCAUGAUGUGGUCCCCACCGGCUACCCUCUCCCUGCUCCUGCUGUGCCUGCUCCUGGGCCAGGCCCCUCUCAGCAGGUCGCAGUCGCCGGGUACCACGAAGCUGCGGCUGGUGGGCCCAGGAAGCAGGCCGGAGGAGGGCCGCCUGGAGGUGCUGUACCAGGGCCAGUGGGGCACUGUGUGUGAUGACGACUUCGCUCUCCAGGAGGCCACAGUAGCCUGCCGCCAGCUGGGCUUUGAGGGUGCCCUGACCUGGGCCCACAGUGCCAAGUAUGGCCCAGGGGAGGGACCCAUCUGGCUGGACAAUGUGCGCUGUGUGGGCACAGAAAGCUCCCUGGGCCAGUGCGGGUCUAAUGGCUGGGGUGUCAGUGACUGCAGCCACUCAGAGGACGUCGGGGUGGUGUGCCAACCCCAGCGCCAGCGCGGCUACCUUUCUGAGAGAGUCUCCAAUGCCCUUGGGCCCCAGGGCCGGCGGCUGGAGGAGGUGCGGCUCAAGCCCAUCCUUGCCAGUGCCAAGCGGCGGAGCCCGGUGACCGAGGGAGCCGUGGAGGUGAAGUACGAGGGCCACUGGCGGCAGGUGUGUGACCAGGGCUGGACCAGGAACAACAGCAAGGUGGUGUGCGGGAUGCUGGGCUUCCCCAGUGAGGCACCUGUCAACAAUCACUACUACAGGAAAGUCUGGGAUUCGAAGAUGAGGGAUCCCAGGUUUAGGCUGAAGAGCUUGGCCCAGAAGAAUUCCUUCUGGAUCCACCGGGUCAACUGCCUGGGGACGGAGCCCCACAUAGCCAGCUGCCAGGUGCAGGUGGCGCCAGCUAGGGGCAAGCUGCAGCCGGCCUGCCUGGGUGGCAUGCACGCUGUGGUCAGCUGUGUGGCAGGGCCCCGCUUCCGCCCUCUGAAGGCCAAGCCUGGACGCAAGGAGUCCCGGGCAGAGGAGCCAAGGGUGCGCCUCCGCUCUGGGGCCCAGGUGGGCGAGGGCCGGGUGGAAGUGCUCAAGAACCGCCAGUGGGGUACAGUCUGUGACCACGGGUGGAACCUCAUCUCCGCCAGCGUCGUGUGCCGCCAGCUUGGCUUCGGCUCUGCUCGGGAGGUCCUCUUUGGGGCCCAGAUGGGCCAAGGGCUGGGGCUCAUCCACAUGAGUGAGGUGCGCUGCAAGGGAUCUGAGCGGACCCUCAGUGAAUGCCCCUCCCUGGACGGGUCCCCUAAUGGUUGUCAACAUGAGAAUGAUGCUGCUGUCAGGUGCAAUGUCCCAAACAUGGGCUUCCAAAAUCAGGUGCGCUUGGCUGGCGGGCGCAACCCCGAGGAGGGUGUGGUGGAGGUGCAGGUGGAGGUGAAUGGGGUCCGACGCUGGGGGACCGUGUGCAGUGACCACUGGGGGCUCACCGAAGCCAUGGUGACCUGCCGACAGCUUGGCCUGGGUUUUGCCAGCCAUGCUAUCAAGGAUACCUGGUACUGGCAGGGGACAGCGGGGGCCGAAGAAGUGGUGAUGAGCGGGGUGCGCUGCUCAGGCACAGAGCUGGCCCUGCAGCAGUGUCAAAGGCACGGACCAGUGCACUGCCCCCACAGCACGGGGCGCGGCUCAGCGGGAGUCUCCUGCACAGACAGUGCUCCAGACCUUGUGAUGAACGCCCAGCUAGUGCAGGAGACGGCCUACUUGGAGGACCGCCCACUCAGCCAGCUCUACUGCGCCCACGAAGAGAACUGCCUCUCCAAGUCUGCUGACCACAUGGACUGGCCCUAUGGACACCGGCGCCUGUUGCGCUUCUCCUCACAGAUCUUCAACCUGGGCCGGGCUGACUUCCGUCCCAAGACAGGCCGCCACAGCUGGAUUUGGCACCAGUGCCACAUGCAUUACCACAGCAUUGAGGUCUUCACCCACUAUGACCUACUCACUCUCAAUGGCUCCAAGGUGGCUGAGGGGCACAAGGCCAGCUUCUGUCUGGAGGACACAAAUUGCCCUGCAGGUAUGUGGCUUCCUGUCAGCAUAUCCGCUUCCUGUUAUAGUCAUCACCCUUCCUGGGGUCAGGUUCCCCUCUACAUGAUGCAAUGCCGCUGCAAAUAUAAUGGGCACCAGGUCUGGCUGCACAACUGCCACACAGGGGAUUCAUACCGAGCCAAUGCAGAGCUCUCCCUGGAGCAGGAGCAGCGUCUGAGGAACAACCUCAUCUGAAGCUAUCACUGCACAUUGCCAGCUGCUGCCCACACACCAGAUACCUCAGCUUAUUGGAGCCGUGCCCUUCACAGAACCCUGACUCAGAGGGAAAUGGGCCAGUGCCAAGGGGCGCCAAGAAUUGCUCAGGAAGCCUUUUGAUGGCAAGAUCACCAAUCCAGGAUGGUACUGCUCCCUUGGGAUGGCUCUAGGCCUGUCCCCUAAGGGCCUUUGGUCUAUGGACGAUGACUCUCCAGGCUUUGUGCAGCUAAGCUCUUCUUGCAUAAGGAGACCCAAUCUUUCUUGGAUUUUGGCCCCGAGUUCCUGGGUCAGGAGCAAUCAGUUCCUUGGGGAUGGACUAUGGUCCAGUCCCCCACCUUAAAUAGUGCUUUGCACAUGUCUUGGAGGAGUAGAAGACAGGGGCAAUACACAGGAGGUGGGGUUAGCUCUCUGCAAGCAGAUCAAAGCAACACAAUUUGUGUCAAUGUCACAACUGGCAGAGAAGUUUGUGAAUUUAUUGCCUUGCUUGAUCUGUCCUCAUUUAGAACUCACCUGCCCACUCUGUCUGUUCCUUAGGGCCCUUACCUUUAUCCUACUGUACAUAUGGGUGUUUCUAAUAUCCCUGGAAGCGUGGGCCUCAGGCAUCCCCUUAUCUCCUGAUGGGCCAACACUACCAGUUGCUGAGUGCUUGAGAAGGGGCAAGAUUUGCAGAAGUGACCAGACAGGGCCUUCCUGCAGAGCAAUAAAAGAAAAAAAGCAGAGUCUACCAAGGAAAAACUAUGUGCCAUAAACCUGGGCAGGCAACAAAAUGUCCCCCUCAAGAUCACUGUGCAUCUCAGGACUGGCCUAAAUUUCAGGUCUCAACCAAGUUUCUGAAGUGAACUCUGCAUUGAAUACGUUUUUGCAAUGGAAAGAGCAUCAGUCAAAUAAGCCACUCAUCUCUGUAGGAAUAAGAAGACAGGUCUUGUAGAGUGGGGGAGAGGAGACUAUGAGGCAACGUUUAAUUUAGUUAAAGACUAAAUCUAGGAAAGGCCACCAUCCCUUCUUGAUGUAGCUACAAUAUGCUCUUGCUCAGGUAGUAUAAAAUCCCAGGGUCUUCUUGGACAUGAUUCUUAAUCUUUUCUCCACUUAGACACACUUAAAAGAUGAUCCUUACAGAUCUGACAUCCCAGUGCCAAUAAAGGUUUUUCACUAUUGACUGUUACAA